AGGGAGGAGGAGUUGGGCUUGUCUGGCUUUCUUGCCAGAGCUGGGAAAGAUGCAGCUCUCUCUGGGAAACAUGAUCUCUUCUCUUUGGGAAGGAGCCUCUCUGCAGAACCUCCUUCUCCUCUCUGCCAUCGUCCUGAUUCUGACACAUUAUCUGCAGAGAAGGAAGAAACAUCUAAACUACCCCCCUGGCCCUCUGGGGCUGCCCUUAUUGGGCAACUUCCUCCAGAUGGACCUAAAAAAACCCCAAAUCACCAUCCAAAAGUUUGUCAAGAAAUACGGAAAUAUAUUUUGCACUCAUGUGGGCAGUCAAAGCUUUAUAACAAUAACUGGAUUGCCACUGAUCAAGGAGGUCUUGGUCAACCAAGGGGAAGAGUUUAUUGAUCGACCCAAAUUUCCUAUCCAUCUUCAUAUUUUAACAUCAUCUGGCUUAAUCAUGUCUAAUGGCCAAGUGUGGAAACAGCAAAGAAGAUUUGCCUUAAUGACUCUAAGGAACUUUGGUUUGGGAAAGAAGACCCUGGAAGAUCGGAUACGGGUGGAGGCCAAGUAUCUCACUGAGGCCAUCAGGGAAGAAAAAGGACAGCCCUUUGACCCCCACUUUGCAAUCAACAAUGCUGUUUCUAACAUCAUCUGCUCCGUAACUUUUGGGCAUCGUUUUGAGUACCAUGAUUCACAGUUUCGAGAACUGCUGAAGACUAUGGAUAAUAUCAUGAAGCUUCUGGCUAGAUGGGAAUGUCAGCUCUUCAAUAUAAUUCCUUCAAUAAUGAAAUUCCUACCAGGACCUCACCAGAAGCUCUUCAGAGAAAACACAAAGGUAAAGUCUUUUGUAGAAGAUGUCAUCAAACAACACAAGGAAAACCUGAAUGAAGAGGAGCCUCAAGACUUCAUUGAAGCUUACUUGAAGGAGCUGUCCAAGGAUAACAUUCAUUAUAGUUUUAAUGAAAACAAUUUAGUCUACUGCACCCUGGACCUCUUCUUUGCUGGAACAGAGACAACUUCGACCACCCUAAGGUGGGCACUGCUGUACAUGGCCCUUUAUCCAGAGAUCCAAGGCAAAAUACAAGCUGAGAUUGAUAGGGUGAUUGGCCAAUCUCGACAGCCCACCAUGGCUGAUAAGGAGAAUAUGCCCUACACUAAUGCAGCUGUUCAUGAAGUUCAGAGAAUGGGUGAUAUUAUUCCUUUUAAUGUACCCAGGAUGGCUGCGGUUGAUACCACAGUGGCAGGAUACCAUGUGCCCAAGGGGGCCAUGAUUAUGACCAACUUGACUGCCUUGCACAGGGACCCCAAGGAGUGGGCUACCCCAGAAACCUUCAAUCCGGAACAUUUUCUGGAAAAUGGAGAAUUUAAGAAAAGAGAGUCCUUUCUGCCUUUCUCAGUGGGAAAGAGGGCCUGCCUGGGAGAACAGCUGGCUCGGGCUGAGCUCUUCCUCUUCUUCACCAGCCUGCUCCAGAAGUUCACGUUCCAGCCUCCUCCCAACACCCAGCUGAGCCUGGACUUCCGAUCUGGCUUAACUGUCUCUCCUCUCCCCUACAAAAUCUGUGCCAUUCCUCGAGAGAUGUAGGCAGGGGCAGGCCUGAGGGGUGAACUCCUGGGCACACAGGAAAGAAUCUGGAACCAUCCUCAUUCUUCCUCCCCUUUGGAGUUCUGGUGGGGAAAGGGAGAGAAGUCAAGGAGAGAAAAAGAGGAGAGAGAGAGACCAAGGGAGAUUAUCUAUGGCCCUGUGUAAACAUUCCCACUCAGAAAAGGGAGAGACGUGAACACCAGCAAAGGAAAGCAGAG